CUCCACACUUCAGCCUCUCCAUUCGGCCAGCCACCGCGGCGGUUUUGAUUUCUCCCCGUUUCGACGUAGCUUAACCAAGCCCACUACGCGUCUCAGCAUGUUGAAACAUUUUUUUCUAGAGCCAGCUGAAAACUUGGAAUCUGGCUUGGUUGUCGACGACUACUAGAAGCCUACGGGGAGGAAGAAAGCGGUAGGCUAUUCCCUUUCCAGACGGCAGCAGUUACUGGAUUAGAAACAUUUUAUUGUUGCUGUUAGAAUGUUUGCUGCCGUUCAUCUCAGGCAAUCCCCGUCAUGACCUCACUCACCCGCCCUGCCAAUCCACUGAAUGGGAUUUCUCAUCGCGCAGUUGUUUGCUCUCUGUGAUCAUUGUGAACACUGAUAUCGGUUAUUACUUUCGUCGAUGACAGAGUGAACGAGCUACGUCUCUGUUUACAUUUGCAAGCCUAGGCUACACAUCUGUUUCACAAAGAAGCCGCUGACGUUUAACUGGGGCCACCAGCAUGGGCGGCACGAAGAGUAAGCCCAAAGACCACGGGCAGCGGCAGGACGAGGCGGGUGGCUCCGGCGGGGGCAACGGGGGCGCUGCCCACCUCAGCCCCUCCCAGCAGCCCCUCACACCGCACCGCAGCCCCGCGGUGGACGGCCAGCGCCACGCGUCCCAGCAGAUGACCAGCCACCCCGAGCUGGCGCUCUUCGGCGGGGUGGACUCCACCACCAACAGCAUCACGUCCCCUCAUCGGAGCACCCUGCUAGGUGGGGUGACCACGUUUGUGGCGCUGUACGACUAUGAGUCCCGCACGGCCUCCGAUCUGUCCUUCAGGAAGGGAGAGAGGCUCCAGAUAGUCAACAACACGGAAGGUGAUUGGUGGCUGGCGCGCUCGCUGGCAACAGGAGAAAGCGGCUACAUCCCCAGCAACUACGUUGCUCCAUCAGACUCCAUCCAGGCAGAAGAGUGGUACUUUGGGAAGAUCACUCGCAGAGAUUCUGAGAGGCUGCUGCUCAACCUGGAGAACCGCAGAGGAACCUUUCUUGUGCGCGAGAGUGAGACCACCAAGGGUGCCUACUGUCUGUCCGUUCUAGAUUACGAUAACACCAAAGGGCUGAAUGUGAAGCACUACAAGAUCCGGAAGCUGGACAGCGGGGGCUUCUAUAUCACGUCCCGUACCCAGUUUAGUACACUACAGCAGCUGGUCAACCACUACCGCAGUGAGUCUCCCUCACACACACACACACACACACACACACACACACACACACACACACACACGCACGCGCGACAGCAGGUGGUGUGUCAUCAUUACAAACACACAUACAAACUGCCCCCCCCUCCUCUCUCUCUGUCCUCUCCAGAGCAUGCAGAUGGCCUGUGCCACUGCCUGACCGAAGUGUGUCCUGUGCUGAAGCCCCAGACUCAGGGUCUGGCUCGUGACGCUUGGGAGAUCCCACGCGAGUCCCUGCGCCUGGACGUCAAGCUGGGCCAGGGCUGCUUCGGGGAGGUGUGGAUGGGCACGUGGAAUGGCACAACACGAGUGGCCAUUAAGACGCUGAAGACGGGCACCAUGUCCCCUGAGGCCUUCCUGCAGGAGGCCCAGGUCAUGAAGAAGCUGCGGCACGAGAAGCUGGUCCAGCUCUACGCCGUGGUGUCCGAGGAGCCCAUCUAUAUAGUCACCGAGUACAUGGGCCAAGGGAGUCUGCUGGACUUCCUCAAGGGAGACAUGGGCAAGAUGCUGCGCCUCCCUCAGUUAGUGGACAUGGCCUCUCAGAUUGCAUCUGGCAUGGCGUAUGUGGAGAGGAUGAACUACGUGCACAGAGACCUGCGCGCAGCUAACAUCUUGGUGGGGGAUAACCUCGUUUGCAAGGUGGCUGACUUCGGUCUGGCUCGCCUCAUCGAGGACAAUGAGUACACCGCCAGACAGGGGGCCAAGUUCCCCAUCAAGUGGACAGCUCCCGAGGCUGCUUUAUAUGGACGCUUCACCAUAAAGUCAGACGUCUGGUCCUUCGGUGUGCUGUUGACCGAGCUGGCCACCAAGGGCCGGGUGCCAUACCCAGGCAUGGUGAACCGUGAGGUGCUGGACCAGGUGGAGCGAGGCUACCGCAUGCCGUGUCCGGCCGAGUGCCCCGAGUCUCUGCACGACCUCAUGCUGCAGUGCUGGCGCAAGGAGCCCGAGGAGCGGCCCACCUUCGAGUACCUGCAGGGCUUCCUGGAGGACUACUUCACCUCCACAGAGUCGCAGUACCAGCCAGGAGAGAACCUCUAGAGAACCUCUAGAGCACCCGGGUCUCCGUGUCCACGCGUGGCUGUGUGUGUGUGGCGUUCCGUGGCGUUCCGUGGCGUUCCGUGGUUCUCCAACCUCAACACCUGGAGAGCAUGGAGCUGAUCUGAUAGUUAUGGUCUUUCAGUUAGUCAUCCCUACUGUAUGGGAGCUGUUGUAUUCUUCACAGGAGUGAUGGUGGUGGUUGGGUGGGGUUGGG